UUCUGCUUUGUUCCUCUUCAAGGAUCAAGCAAUUUAAUCUUAAUUUCCACCAUAGACAGACACACAUGGCUGCUUCUUCUCUAUGCACAUCAAAACUAAACUUGUCUGAGAAGGAGAGAAGUAGUAGUAUUCGAAGAAUUUCGACAAAGGUUACUAAUGUCUUAGUGUCACAACCAAUGACUAAAACUGUGGCUCCGGUGGCUGUGACGUCACUGAGAGAAACAAAGAAGCCGGGGAUCAAACCGGUGCUUGCGAGUGUUUGGAAGGAGAUUCAAGGAGCUGAUGAUUGGGAAGAUCUAAUGGAGCCAUUGAAUCCUUUACUCAGAGAUGAGAUAGUGAGGUACGGUGAGUUCGUUAGCGCUUGUUACAAGGCUUUCAAUCUUGAACCGAGCUCGAAACGAUACUUGAAUUGCAAGUAUGGGAGAAAAAACAUGUUUGCCGAGGUUGGGAUGGAGAAACCUGGCUAUGAUGUUGUGAAAUAUAUUUACGCCACCCCGGACAUCAGCAUUCCUAUGCAAAGCACAGCAUGCUGUGGCCGGUGGAUUGGUUAUGUCGCGGUUUCUAAUGAUGAGGAAACAAAGAGACUGGGGAGAAGAGAUAUACUUGUUUCUUUCCGGGGAACGGUGACUCAGUCUGAGUGGAUUGCCAAUUUCAUGAGCUCACUCACUCCGGCGAGGUUAGACCCUACUGAUGCCCGGGUGGAAGUUAAGGUUGAGUCUGGUUUUCUCAAUCUUUAUACUUCUGAUGAUAGCACAUGUAAGUUCAGCCAAGGGAGUUGCAGACAACAAUUAUUGUCGGAGAUUUCAAGAAUGAUUAACAAGUAUAAAGGCGAAGAAAUGAGUAUAACUUUAGCCGGACAUAGCUUGGGGAGUUCUUUAGCAACUUUGCUCGGCUAUGAUCUUGCUGAACUUGGGCUAAAUAGAGAUGGCACUAAUGAAAUACAAAUCACAGUGUACUCUUUUGGGGGGCCGAGAGUCGGCAAUUCUGAAUUCAAGAAGAGGUGCGAAGAGCUCGGAGUUAAAGUUUUGAGAGUGGUGAAUGUAAACGAUCCAGUGACGAAGCUCCCCGGAGUUUUCCUCAAUGAAAAUUCAAGAGUUCUUGGGGGAAAGUUUGAGCUUCCAUGGAGUUGCUCAUGUUAUGCACAUGUUGGAGUUGAGCUUGCUCUUGAUUUCUUCAAGAUGAAAAACCCUACCUGUGUUCAUGAUCUGGAUGCUUACAUUGGUUUGUUGAAGUGCCCGAAUAUGGAGCAAAUGAACGAAGAUGGAGAAACAUUCAAUCUUUUCCGCAAGUUGAUGGAGAUCUUCUCUUCUCAAGAGUUUGUAAUUAAUCAUGUAUGGCCUUGGCAUCAAGCUGCAACAUAUGUUGGUUCUUUAGUGCAAUCUUUAGGAAUAUAA